AUGGCCUACAACUACCCCCCCGUCCCGCCCGCGCCCGCCCGCCCCGUCCCCGGCAACAUCUUCUGGCUGACGUACUCCGACGGCAGUGUGCGUCCGAUGCUCUACAACAACCAGUACAUUGCUGCGCCCCCCAGCCCACCCGCCGCAAUCGAGCGGUUCACCAAGGCGGUCUUUGAGGCCGCCAAGGCCAAGAUCAUCGCCGAAAAUGCUAGGAAGGAAGCCAAUAUGGCGGCGGAUAGGUGGGCUGAUGCCGUCGUGAGGGAGGCCGAGAGGGAGGCCGAGAAGAAAAAAGAAAAUCAGAGGGCCAAUGCCAGUGCUGUCAAUGCUAGAGCUGCCGCUGCUUCCAAAGCUUUCAAUGAUGCCAUUGCUGCCGAAACUAGAGCUGCCAAUGCUAGAGCCUUCGAUGCUGCCAAUGCUAGAGCCUUCGAUGCUAGAGCUGCCUAUACUAGAGCUGCCGAUUCUAGAGCCCCCGAUGGCUGGUCCCACAUCUACCGUCAGCCGAACGGAACCUACAAGCUUGCCCGGCCGAAUUAGUACACUCGCCUGCGGUACGGAAUCUUGGGCUGCCGUCCUUAGUUCUGAGGGUGUUAAUUGUUGUGGUUGUUGUGGUUGUUUCUUAUCGUUAUCUCUGAUUGUUGCUUGAUGGUUGUUCUUUGAUGGCUCUUUCUUAAUGACUGUUUGAACUUUGUUGUUGUGGUGG